AUGGCCCACGCGGGCCCUUUCUCAAGGCCCCUGGAAGCAGCAGCAGCAGAUGCAGCAGCAGCAGAUGCAGCAGCAGCAGAUGCAGCAGCAGCAGAUGCAGCAGCAGCAGCAGAUGCAGCAGCAGACGCAGAAAAAUUAGUAGCAAAUGCGGCAGCAGAUGCGGCAGCAGCAGCACCAACUGCAGCAGCAGCAACUGAGAACAAUGACACAGCCGCACGGAGCAGCAGCAGCAGCAGCAGCAGCAACAGCAGCAGCAGCAAGAGCGGCAGCAGAGCAGGCAAAGUUGUGUCCUUCUCUGUAGCCUGUCUCCGCGUGUCUGCCGUCUGUCUCCUCUUCCCCAGCAGCAGCAGCAGCAGCAGCAGCAGCAGCAGCAGCAGCAGCAGCAGCAGCAGGGACAUAACCUUAAGGGCCACCCGCGCAGCAGCAAAUGCCAUUAAGAAUUCUGUCUUCGACACAGCAGCAGCACUUGGCUCCAACCCAAGGGCCCCAAAGGGCAUCUGA